GUUGCGCAUAAACACGUCCCUCUCUCUCUUCUCUAAACCCUGAUCCUUCAGAAGACCGGGGCUUUAGCUUUCUCUCUUCCAAAACCACAGACAGAACUCGCCGAGUCGACUCGGACCCCAAAACCGGCCUCCGACUCGGUCGUCCCGAAGCCAUGCAAGUGCUCUCCAACACUCGCAGGCUCUCGAGAGUCCUCAAGUCUCCAAUCUUCAUCUUCUCCGAACGACUCGUCGCUCCCGACGCGCCCCUCGCAGAAGCUCCACGUGCUUGUCUCCAAUGGCGGAAGCUCACCACUCUCUCUCCCCAACCCUCUGGCAUUACUCGAGGUUGUUGUCUUUCACCGACGGAGCAACACUCGAUGAUGAUGGCAUUUAGGGCAGCCUUUUCAUCUGAGGCGAGUACGGUUGAAGCUAUUCCCACAGAGGCUGUGAAGGAGCUGUAUGAUAAAAUGCUGGAAUCUGUGAAUGUUAAACGCUCGAUGCCCCCUAAUGCUUGGUUGUGGUCCUUGAUUGAGAAUUGCAAAAAUCAGGAUGAUAUUAAGCUUUUAUUUGACAUCUUGCAGAACCUGCGACGAUUUAGACUGUCAAAUCUACGCAUCCAUUCAAAUUUUAAUUGCAAUCUCUGCCAAGAGGUUGCUAAGGCAUGCGCUCGCGUGGGGGCCCUCAACUUUGGAAAGAAGGGCUUGUGGAAACACAAUGUGUAUGGAUUGACCCCUAGUAUCGGAUCUGCUCACCAUUUACUGACAUAUGCUAAAGAGCACAAUGAUGUUAAACUUAUGAUGGAUGUAAUGACACUUUUGAAGGAGAAUAACUUACCUUUGCAAUCUGGUACAGCAGAUAUUGUUUUCAGCAUUUGUUACAAUACUGAUAACUGGAAGUUGAUGUCUAAGUACUCAAAGAGGUUUGUCGAGGCUGGAGUAAAGCUACGAAGAUCUGCAUUUGAUGUCUGGAUGGAAUUCGCUGCUAAAAUAGGAGAUGUUGAAUCCUUAUGGGAAAUUGAGAAGUUGAGAUCUGAGUCUCAGAAGCAGCACACUGUUGUGAGUGGAUUUUCAUGUGCAAAGGGUUUACUAUUAGAGCAUAAGCCUGAGGAAGCUGCCGCCGUCAUUCAAAUACUACUAAACCAGAAUUUAACUGAUGCAAAGAAGUCCAAGAUUGCGGUUGAACUUCAAAAGUUGGUUAGUGAGUGGUCAUUAGAGGUUAUCAAGCGCCAAAAAGAAGAGGAUAGGAAGGCAUUAGCUGUAUCUUUAAACUCUGAUAUUCCAGUGAUGCUAUCAAAGACUGGAUUAGAGGUGAGUGUAAAUAUGGAGGACCUAACCAGCAAAGAAGGCAUUCUCUGUUGAAGUCCUUGGCGGUCUGACUAAAAAUUUGUAGCUCAGCUGUUGUUCGUAUCUUGUAAAAGAAGAAGAACCGGUGUUCAGACCUAGAGAAGAGAAAAAUAAAAGAGAUAACCAUGUGUUUGGUUGAUGAGCACUUCAAUAAAUGCCUUCGUUAGAAAGACACUUCUGGUUCUCUCGGUUAUGCAUUGGACUAGAAUCCUACUGCCUUUUUUAAAUUUUGUCCUGAUGUAGUUCAUUUAUUUGAGUUGAUUGAUUAAAUUGUUAUACUUGUUUCUAAUAUAUGGAUCUAGACAACCAUGGUUAACUAUGGUUUAGUUCUGAGUA